UCAGCUCCUCCUAUUGGGUCACACAAGAAAGCUCUCUCCACAAAAAUGGGCAUUUGCAGAGAUGUUGAAAAGCAACCUAAACAACCACCAAAGCUAGGAGGAACUAGAGCUACUCUCUUUGUAUAUGCUAUGGAGGGACUUGAGAACAUGGCAUUCAUCGCCAACGCCAUGAGCCUCGUCACUUACUUCAGCGGAUUCAUGAAUUUCAGCUUGACAAAAUCGGCCACGACGCUUACAAAUUUUAUGGGGACUGCAUUUUUACUACCAUUGUUUGGAGGAUUCAUCUCCGAUACAUACUUGUCAAGAUUCAAGACUUGUAUUAUGUUCGGAAGCAUAGAAGUGUUGGGAUAUGCAACCCUAACAAUACAAGCACACUUCCGGGAGCUGAGGCCCAUUCCUUGCAAGGGUGUUGCUCCAAGCAAAAUGAAUCAAUGUGAAGCUGCAGACAGCAGCCAAGCUGCAAUCCUCUUCACUGGUCUGUAUCUAGUUGCACUCGGGACCGGUGGGGUGAAAGCAGCUUUGCCAUCCUUGGGAGCUGACCAAUUCGACCAGAGGGACCCGAAGGAGGCAUCUCUGCUUUCGAGCUUCUUCAAUUGGUUCUUGUUUAGCCUCAUCACUGGAGCUAUAUUUGGUGUGACUUUUGUAGUCUGGAUAAGUGAUAACCAAGGCUGGGAUUGGGCGUUUGGUGUUUGUACCAUAGCUGUCCUAGUGGCAAUUCUGUUCCUAUUCAUGGGGAAAUCACUCUAUCGCAAUAAUGUGCCCAAGGGAAGCCCUAUAGUUCGUAUUCUACAGGUAUUUGUGGCUGCCAUUAGAAAUCGAAAUCUUCCAAUACCGGAGGCGUUACAUGAAAUUCAUGACAAAGAAGCUGAGAUGGGGACUGAGAUUCUUCAAAGAACUGAUCAAUUCAGAUUUUUGGAUCGCGCAGCAAUAGUUAGGAGCGAACUUGAUGCAUCCACGUCGAAUACUACUGGACACUGGAACUUGUGUACAGUGACACAGAUUGAAGAAACAAAAAUUUUAGUUCGGAUGUUCCCAAUAAUAUUGAGCACUGUCUUCAUGAAUACAUGUUUGGCUCAACUCCAAACCUUCACUAUCCAACAAAGCAUUACCAUGGACAGAAAUAUCCUUGGUUUUCAAGUGCCCGGUGCCUCCAUUCCAGUAAUUCCCCUACUAUUCAUGUUCAUUCUGAUCCCAAUAUAUGACCGAGUUUUUGUCCCACUAGCAAGGAAAAUUACAGGAAUUCCAACUGGGAUUCGGUACCUCCAGCGAAUUGGGGUGGGACUGGUGCUCUCAGCAAUUUCUAUGGCAGUAGGCGCAAUCAUAGAAACUCACCGUAAAUCUGUAGCUAUUCAACACAACAUGGUUGACACUGCUGAUCCUUUGCCCAUAAGUGUGCUCUGGCUAGGCUUCCAAUAUGCUAUAUUUGGGAUGGCAGAUAUGUUCACAUUCGUGGGGAUACUAGAAUUUUUCUAUGCAGAGAGUUCAUCAGGCAUGAAAUCACUAGGCACGGCUAUUUCAUGGUGCUCUUUGGCUUUUGGAUACUACACAAGCUCAGUGAUGGUGGAGGUGGUGAACAAGGUGAGUGGUGGGUGGUUGGCUAAUAAUAAUUUGAACAGAGAUAAGUUGAACUACUUCUAUUGGUUGUUAGCAGGGUUAAGUAUAGUGAACUUUGGUGCUUAUUUGGUGUGUGCAUCUUGGUAUAGGUAUAAAAAAGUGGAAAUGAAACAAGUACUUACUAGUAGCAGUGAUGAUUUUGAGGGAAAAGUUGAAAUGGGGAACGUUUAGAGAUGUUUAGGCCUUACUGAUUUAUUGCUGUACAUUUGUGCUAGUGCACACUAUGUAUUGUUGUACUAGUGCACACUAUGUAGUCCUCACUUAUUAAAAUGAUAACUUUUCAUUAAAAGAAAAGGUUACAUUAUGAAAUUGGCCUCAAGUUUCUGAUUGUUCAUAAUAUCUUUUAUGUUCUUGGGUAUAAUUUUUGAACCUGAAUGUUUUUCAGUGAUAUGAGGAGGUGAAAAUCUUCCCACAGGAAGUGGAAUCCAUUACG